AUGAUGGUACCUGAUGUUGAUGGUGAUGAGGAGGACGUCCAUGGCCAUGAAGAAACCUUUGACCACUUCAUUGCCAAAGAGGUUGAUGAUGUAGCCGGAGAGGAUGAAGCCAUCGCCGAUGGAGAAGAUGUCGUCCCACCAGGAGGUGAUGCCUUCGCCAACCCUGCCAACGAGAACGACAGGGACGAUGACGAGGAGGAAGACAACAAACAGGAAGAAGCGGAAGAGAUCAAACCAUGCUCCGCAUUUACGAAAAGUCAAAGGGACUCAUAG